AAUGCCAAGACAAAACAAAAAUACAAAAUUGGUGUUUACCAAGCCGAAUUCAAAUAGAUUUCUUGUUAAAUAAGUUAAGUAAUUGUUGAUCAUGUCUCUCUUUCCCGCCUAUGGCGUUGGCCAGCCCUCAGCUGUUGUGGGAGCGAAAGAAACGAACAAUCCAGCGAAAGAGGCGGGAACAACGAGCGCGGAUUGGAAAAAUAACGAGAGUUACAUUCAAAAAGAUAUAGAUGUGAACUACAUAGCGAAGCAGGCACCGAUAUCGGACAGCUCUACAGACAGCGAGGAGGACUCCACCGAAGAAGCACCCGAAAUCCUGGCCAAAACAAAGGACUCGGUGAAGGCAAAACCACUGGAAUUCGAUGCCAACGAUGAGUUUUAUGUGGACAAAAAGAGCAACUCGAACUAUAGAACCCUUAGCACCCUGACAAAACCCACGCGACCACGUUACAAGACCCGGAUGACCCGGCUCCGGGAUCAGGACCACACUCAUCGCGAUCGCUACAAGUUUUCCGCGAAGAGCAGUCGUUACACCCGAAGCAAUCACCAGCCCUGCGAUUCAAAUCCCACCGUGGAGGAAGUCGCCCGCCUCCAGGAGCAGCUCAUCCAGAGCAAGGUGCUCGUCCAGCGGGAGCCGCAGACGGUGGAGCACUGGCUGCAGCUGCACCGCCUGCUGGGCCUCAAUCUGGACAAGGCCAAUCGGCUGGCGGUGGCGGAGCACCAGCUGCACACCCUGGAAACCGCCCUGGAGCACCAUCCGUCCAAUGAGCAGAUCCUGCGGCUCUACACGGACGUGGCCAACGCCACCUAUCAAGCCAGUGAGGUCGCUGCCCGCUUCACAAAGAUGCUGGAGAGGAAUCCCUUCGAAUACACAUUGUGGACGGCAUUGAUUAUGGUGACCCAAGGCAACAUGGCGCGCUGCAAUGUGCCCGCUGUGCUGCGGAUUUACGCUUACUGCAUGCGCAGGAUGCACGUGGGCCACACCGACGAGCACAGCCGGGAAUUGGCCACCGUGGACACGGAUCGGAUAAUGCUGAAGCUCUUCCACAACUGCGUGCUGUUCCUGCGCCAAACGGGCAACGCAAACAAGAUGUUUGCCCUCCUUCGCUUGUCGCUGGAGUUGAAUUUCCCGGGAUUGACGGUGGAUUGCUUUGAGGCGUGCGCGGCGAAUGAACGGCAUUUGAUCGAAUACGAGGAGAUGGUGCUGCGCUCCGGCAUGCCGAUGCUCGAGAUCUGGACGCGAGUGGAGCGCCUGCGUCAGGCCUAUUGCUACCUGCCCUAUCCACAGUCGGCGCACUCGACGACGGAUGCACUGGCUGGUGGACUGGACACAGAGCGCUGCAUCUUCAGCGACGACGUGGUGCCGUAUGCACAUGCCUUGAAAUCACCAGAGAACCGUUUGCACUUGCUGCUCCUGGUGGUUCAACUGACCAAAAUGCCGUUCGUUCGGAGCGCUUGCCUGGCGGCCAAGUUGCAUCCACGCAACGAUGAGUUCGGCGAGUCCGAGGCCAUUGAGAUGCUCUUCGCUGCGCUGGCGGACAGGCACUCCUAUGCCGUGGCCCCAACCCAAAUGGCUGGCUUCGAACUGGCCCUGUUGGACUUGGCCAAGGAGAUUUGCGUGCCGCCCAGCUUUAUGCCGCACUUUGUGGGUCACGAACUGUAUGCGGAUACCAUAAGCGGCCUGCUGCUCAAGUGCAGCGAAGCCUUCAGGAUGGAGGAGCGCAAGCGAAUGGUGUUUCUGCUCCUGUGGCUGCGAUUCCAGCGACUCCUCGUCGUGCUGCACAAGCUCAUGGGCAAGCUGACUAAGACCCAUAUGAAGGAGACACGCCUGCGGAUUCGCAAUCAGUUGUCGUUGCCUGCGAAUCGUGACAUUUCACGUUUCUACACGGAACUGGCCAUGUGCGAGUUCGAGGGUCUCGAACGGAGCGAUAACGAAGACCGUGUGUUCAACUUGUUCAAGAAGAUCUUCGCCACGGGAUCGCAGAUGGGCUGCGAUUUAACCUGCCCGGACUUGAUGCAUGCCUACUUGGCUUGUGCCGAGAUGCUGAUCCGAUGCGGUCGCUCGGAUGAGGCACUCCACUUGCUCAGCUGUGUGUGUUUGGGGCGACAUGCCGAUACGCUGACCCCUGAAGCGGCGGCCUCGGGGAUUGAAGAGAGUUUACAGAGUGGAUUGGAGCUUUUGAAGGAGGAAGUGACGGCCCUGGACUCGCUGCCCGAUGAGAUGCCCCUGGAAGAGUACUUCCUGGCCAACAAACUGCUCAUCCUGUUGCGCGCUCGCUGUUUGCUCAAUCGCUCGGUCGUGGACAAGACAUGCGAUGGGCUGCUGCAGCACCAACUCAGUGCCGAGGCAGCCAAGAACAGCGAAAGGCGACGCUUUCUCAGGGAGCAGGUCAUGGAAAUACAGAUCCUGCGGCUGCAGUUGCCUCACUCACCACCUGCUGAGGUGCAGAGACAUCGGGAUGAGAAGGAGAACGGCCGCUACCUAAGGCCAAAGACUGUGCAACUGGUGGAGCUGAUUGUGCGUGGACUGGGCGAGUUUCCGCGCAAUCUCACGAUGCUCCAGUGUUGGGCCGGCUUCAAGACGAUGCUGUGGCACCGACAGCGCGCCCUUUUCAUCCGCACCCAGGCGCGCAUCAUCGCACUGGUGCACUUGGUCAUCGCCGCCCGGUGGCGCUUUGCCAAGGCCAACGACGAACAGAUGCCUCUGGCGGACCAUGUGCAGUCGGCGAUGCGCAAUCGUUUGCUCAGCAUGUUCGAAACGUUCCUGCCAACGAACAGGAAUCGCUCGGCCGUCGAGGAGGAGCAGUAUCGCCUGCUGCGCAGGAACUCGCUCUAUUGGCGGCUCUACCUGAAGUGCCUGUCCGACACCAGAACCAGCUUCGAGCGCAGCAAGGAGUGCCUGCUGACCGCCAUGGACGAAUGUCCCUGGGACAAGGCUCUGCUGAUGGACGGCGCCCAGUAUGUGCCGCAGGAUCUGCCCUAUCUGCAGGACGUGAUGACCGAGAAGGAGCUGCGCAUUUACGCUCUGCCCGAAGAGCUCGACAUCCUGCGCGAAUCGUAGCUGUCCGUGGAGUUUGUUUUUGGGUUUAGCUAAUGUUUGUUACUCUUUAUAUGAAUAUAUAUAUACAUAUUUGACCCCA